GCUUUGGACGCAAAAACCUCGACAUUCCUCGCGAGGCUAGGUGCCUCCUCCAUUGAACCUAGAAGCGGCAGCUGCAAGAACGAACGUGAGAGUCGGCCACAACAAGGAACAUUCGUCAGGAACCAUUCCUCAGAACACCAGGGAGCUCUUGCAGCUUAAGGAUAUCUUGACGAAACAGCGGCGGGAUUGUGAUGGAGUUGAACGUGCGGUGCUUGAGCUGUGCGUGUGAACUAGGAUGGGUCUGUGUGAUAGGGCAGUGCCAUCAGCCUCAAAAAGGGGAUGGUAAGGUAUUCAGAGCGAAUGAUGUGGAUCUGAGGAACAGAUGGGAUAAUACUCACAGUUCAGGGGGAUACAAUCACGAUAAUGAGGAUGAUGAUGAUAUUAAUGAUGAUGUGAAUGAUGAUGAUGACGAUAAUAGUGAUAGGACUCUUUGGAAUCAGAAGAUCGGGGAUGGUGAUAAUGAUGGUGAUAACGAUCCAUUGGAAUCAUCUCAGAACCGUGAAUCAGAUGGUGAUGAUGGUGAUGAUGAUGAUUAUGAUGAUGAUGAUGAUGACGAUGAUGACGAUGAUGACAAUGACGAUGACGGUGACGAUGAUAAUGAUGAUGAUGAUGAUGAUGAUGAUGAUGAUGGUGAUGAUGAUGAUGAUAAUGAUGAUGAUGAUGAUGAAGAGGACACUGGUGACAUGAAUUGUUGGAAUCAGAAGACUGGGGAUGAGGAAAGGGAUCUGGGCGGUGCAGUCUACUGGGAUAAGAGGAGGAGCGAAGACAAGAGAGUGGAUUUCAAAGAUUCCGACGACAUGAACGGAAGUGAGCAGAAGGAGGGAGAGGACGACAGUGUUGAAAAAGCUCGUAAUCGGCAGGGGAGGAGACGGGAUUGGAGAGGCGAGGGCAUUUCAGUUGGAGGACGAGAUCGUGGUCGUGAGUUUCGGCGUGAACGAUCAGCUGACCCGGGGAGUUCUAGCCAGUACGAGAGGGGGAGAGAAGCCUCGAGACGCUUUGUACCAACCUGUUAUGAAUGCGGUGAGCCGGGGCACUAUCGUAAUCAGUGCCCAAGAUUGACUGGUGAAGGGGCGUCGAGGCAAGGAGGACAGCGGGGGCUAUCGCUAUCACCACGACAUCAAGGACGUGUGCACGAGCAGCGUGCCAUAUCAGAAGACCCGGCUCUUUGGCGACAAAUUGAGAUGCUUGCUGGCUCUGUGGCGGCGAUGAAGGAGCAUUUUGAUACAGAGAACGCGAAGAGAGAGGAGAAAGCUAAGCUGAAGCAAGAAAAACUCGAGAGGAAGAAACGGGAAGAGGAGGAGCAACGGGCUGCGGAGGAAGCACGCCAAGCGAAGCAACGUUGUAUCAUGAAGAAAGAGAAGAAACUACAUAAGGAAGAACUGGAGCGGGAGCAAUUUAGGAAAGAGAUGAUGAAGCUGAUCUCUCUGCACAUGGGCGGCCUGCGUGAAGAAUGGCAGCACAAGUUCGAUCGUAAGAAAGGCCCGGACAAAGGCAAGAAGAAGGCGGAAGAUUACUCGGCAGGCGAAGCAUCGUACGAAUCUGAAGAUAGCGAUAUUGAAGCAUUGAGCAAUAAAGCGGAGCAGCUCGUCAUUUCGGACAAACGGAAGAGGACUGCUGAUGUACUUGUGGGCGAUAGCCCACCGAUGGAAACGCCUGCUAAACGUACUGCCAAACGACGUCUGCAUCUGAGUUGUAGACACCCACCUUUGAAGAAGUCCCCCCUGAGAAGGACGCCAUUCAAGACUACUUCAAAGAAGAAGAAGAUUCCGCCCCCGCCAGGGUCAUGCGGCAAGCUUAGAUACGUGACAGACAACCUUCGGGAGCUCGGCUUGCUCAACAUGGAUGACUUGAGACGUAUUUGCCAGGACGAAGAUGUACCAUUCGAAGGGCGGAAGAUGCAAACCAUCCUCGCUAUCGCGGAGAAGCGUUCGAUGGUGGCAUAUGGCUCCAACGGAGCGGAGGAGGCCGUUGGACAAGAAGAAUCAUGUGCGGAGGCACGUCCAGAAGAUGACGAAGAAGCUGGCAAGGAUGACAGUCUUCCCUAUCCUCGGAUAGGCGGUCACGUGCAGUGCAGACUACAGGAGUUGGAUGAUGUGCAUCCACUGAUAUGCAAUGCUAACAACAUACCGAAGUUGACUCAUCCGGAUAGAGGGAGGGUUUUGAUGAAGGAGGUGUGUGAAGGGUUCGAGUGUUGGGCAAAUUUUCGUGCUGAUAAUGCUGAGGCUGGUGCUGCUGCUGCUGCUGCUGCUGCUGAUGAUGAUGAUGAUGAUGAGGAUGAGGAUGAGGAUGAGGAUGAGGAGAAGGAGGAGGAGGAGGAGGAGGACGUGGAGGACGAGCAGGAGGGGAGGAGGAGGAGCUGUCUCUUAUACACAUCUAGAUGUAAGGAGGAGGAGGAGGAGGAGGAGGAGGAGGAGGAAAGAGAGAUAUACGUGUGUUUCUCUGGAGCAUCAGCAUCAGCAUCAGCAUCAGCAUCAGCAUCAGCAUCAGCAUCAGCAUCAGUCAGCAUCAGUCAGCAUCAGUCAGCAUCAGCAUCAGCAUCAGCAUCAGCAUCAGCAUCAGCAUCAGUCAGCAUCAGCAUCAGCAUCAGCAUCAGCAUCAGCAGCAGCAGCAGCAGCAGCAGCAGCAGCAGCAGCAGCAGCAGCAGCAGCAGCGUAUGAACACGUGUUUUUUCACUGGAUGCAAAUAGAUCUUCAACUGUUGUUGGUCGUCAACUCGUUCAAGGGUAAUGAAUAUGAUUGAACUUC